AUGGCCACGGCGCCCGUCAAGUUCGCCGCGCUCGCCGUCGCCAUAGUCGCCGCGGUCGCGCUCAGUUCCUUCUUCCGCUACCAGUGCCGCCACCGGCCGUCGCCCUUCGUCUCCACCGAGGUGCUCCGCCUCAUCGUGGUGAGCAACGAGCAGGAGGUCGGCGAGGAGAUGGACCUGGCCGACGGCAACGUGGAGCUGCGGUGCUACGGCUUCAGCGAGCACAGCCACAACCGGUCGGCGUGGUCGGCGCGCGCCGACAUCCCCAGCGGCGCGGAGGCCAACCUGACGUUCCCCGCCGUGCACGGCGACGAGGUGUUCGAGGUGCUCUGCUCCUACCGCGGCGCCAACCGGUGCUGGGCGCACGGCGUCCGGGUGUUCGAGAACCCGGGCCACGACAACCUCUUCUGCUCCCAGCAGAUCGGCGGCUGCACCGUCAGGUUCCGCAAGGAUGGCGGCGUCGAGAAGGUGUACCAGACCAACGGGGAGCUAGACUUGCAGCCGCCCAUCUUCAUGGGGUUUGUGCCGGACUUCGACAACGCCCGGGACAGUGGAUGCUCGUCGGCGAGCUGCGUUGGGAGGACGAUCAACAGGGUCAUAGGCGAGGAGAGCUGCUGCGACGAUUCCUGCGGGGGAUGGGAGAAAGCAUUGCCAAAGAAAUGA